AUGGCCACCGCCACCGCCGCAUCCCAGGAAUUCAACGCCUUUUACCUUCAGCGGACGACCCAGGAAUUCGCCGAAGACCUCGACAAGGUCCGCGAGGCCGACGACUUCAAAGCUGACUCGGUGCCCUUCCUCGUUCACGCCCUGCAGCAGGGAACGGCGCUUUACUCGGGCCGGGACCAGGAGCGCGUUGCUAGACCUGCCGCUGUUACCCCUGCUUCUGCCACAGCCGUGGCCGCGGAGGAUGAGGAUGUGGAAAUGACGGAGACGGUGACUGGGAGAAUCGAGGAGGGGGAGAAGGACCCCACGGGCGGGAAGAAGGAGAAGAAGGACAAGACCAAGAAUAAGAAGAGGACAUCCGGUUGA